AUGUCGCAGUCAAAAUUCAAAGGCAAAGUCGUUCUGAUCACUGGAGCAGGAGGUGGCAUCGGGUUUAACGGGGCUACAGCCCUCAAGCUCGCAAAGCUCGGCGCCAGCCUCGCCAUCACAGACAUCGACCUUCGCCGUGCAGCCCCGCACUACAGCGGCGCCUUGGACGUCAGCCUCUCGAAGGCCGACGUCGAGGAUCGCAUCCUGGAAAAUGUAUCUGGUCUCCGCCGCCUGGACCAUGUCUUCAACUGCGCUGGUGUCAAGCCCACGAGCCUGAGAUCUCCUCUCACCGACACGAUCGACAAGUACUGGAGCAAGCUGGGCAACGUCAACCUCAAGGGGAUCUACCUUGUCACGCGCGCUACGAUGCCGCACAUCAUAAAGUCUGGUGGAUCAUACCAUGGCGUAAUCGGGUUCAGCAAGAGUAUGGCGCUGGAGCUGGGACCGAAGGGCGUGCGGAAUAACGUGGUUGCGCCUGGAUACACUGGCGACACGCCGACGAAUGCGGGGGUGGUCAAGGGUGGCGAAGCCGUGACGCGCAUGGAAGAGGGAAACAGUCUCGACGUGGUGAUUUUCUUGCUGAGCGAGGAAUCGAAGUACGUGAAUGGGAGCGUCAUGGAGGUCCACGGUGGGCUGAAAAUGCUGUUCAUACCGUAUCCCACUUCACAGCGUGAGGGCAAUUCAUCUUUGUUCAUCAGUGGUACACCACGCUAA